CCUCGGAAAAGAACCAGCUGGCGCCUCAUGUCUGCAAUACGUGCAGGACGCGAAAGAAAGGCUGUGAUAAGCAGUUGCCCCGCUGCGGAUACUGUGUCCAGCGAGACCUGGUCUGUACCUACGACGUCACGCCGGGGGGGUUAGUAGGGGGUACGUUGCUUCCACACCCGUUUCAGGUGGGUAUCGGAGCGUCAAACUGCUAGAUUGAUGGUGAUUCUUUAUGAAAAGAAAGAAAGAAAGAAAGAACUAAAAUUGUGAUCAGAUAGGUUUGCUGACGGAUGGGGCGACGAGUCUCGACGGCAUGGUCAAUCGUCAAGUUGUGGGUAUCAUCAAACAGACCCAGCUUUCUAUCGGCGAUAUCAACGCGCGGUUCUUCAGGCAUUUUCACUGCUGGUUACCGGUGAUAUCGCCCCGGCUGUUUCGUGAGGAGUAUGAGUGCGAUAGUAGAGAGCCGUCGGCGGACUUUUCGAUACUCCUGCUAGCUAUGUGUUUGUUGACGGCGUGCCCGGCCAGGACAACGACCCUAAGCCCGCCCAUGACCCUGGAUGCGCUGUAUCUCACGACACGUAUGCUGUUUGCUCAGGUCCAGGCGUUAAUCCCUGCCUCGACGCGGCUAGUUCAGGCUGGCCUGCUCAUCGCGGCGUACGAGUACGCCUGCGGCAGGCCGCAGGCUGCAUUCAUAUCCAUGGGCACUUGUGCCCGGAUGGCGCACAGCAUGAACCUUGACAGGAAUACCAAUCUAGAUAAAGGUCUGCUCCUUGGAACGGCGUCCAGACUCAAGGCUGUCGAAGAGUGGAAUGUCUGGUGGGGGACUGUCAUUUUGGAAAGGGUUAUCUUACUCGAAUUAACUCAUCAAGGUCGAUCCCCCAUGACUAAACACCCUAGCCUUCACUCAUAUCUACCCUCCGACUUGGACUAUGACCGCUGUCUUCGGGCACUACCGUCAGAUGUAGAGCCGUUCGAGGAUCCGCCGCGGCUUUCUGGAGUUCAUUCUAAAAACGUGACGAGGUUCGGUCGUCAGGCACAAGCCACGAACCUACUCGAUCAGGUUCUGAGCGUGCUCCGCAUGGACAUGGAAAUUGAUCAGACGAUUUCAGAGCUUAGAAGACUGGACGCUGAGCUUCAGGCAUUUCUCGCCAUAAUGACAAUCGAGUGCGGUGCUCAGCUGGGGCACUACUGUGGCGCAAUGGCUACUGCCAUCCGAGCCCUUGUUCUUGUACAUCAAAAUAUUCUGGCGAACACAGAAACUACAGACACGCUACUACAUCAGAAUUCCCGCGCUGCGCUGGAAACCGCGACGAAAAUCAUGGUUGAUGUUGCCUAUCACCAUAUAACACACCUCACACCUCACAAUGUGGAUGCCCUCCCGCUCUGCUGCUCAUAUAACCUUCGAGUCGCCAUGGACCACAUCGAGAAUCAGUCCCGCCAUUUCCCUGGCACACAAGCAUCCAAGGAUCUAGCAUGUCUAAUGGCCUUGGAUAGAGCGUUUUGUAUGAGAUGGCGAACGUCAUAGCCUGAGGUAUAAGUCCUAGUGUUUAUCAGUUGACUAGCUACAGUCAAUCAAGAUUUAACUCCCCU